UACACCAAGCUCAGACCCGGAACCUAUUGGUUAUCUAUGCUCUGGCCAAACCAUCACUUGUACAAUAGGUGUCCCCAUCUGCUAUCUGGCCACUGAUCCAUUAUUUGCGAUCCAAACCUACCGAAGUGGAUAUGGCCUCGUAGCCUCAAGGGCUACUUCCAAUCUUGGUUAUCUUCAGCUAGUCUGCCCAG